ACUAAACAAAGUAAAACGAAAAACCCUAAACGCAGGAACCAGGGGGUCGUUGAUUCAUCCGAUUCGCAGCUGUCCCUCGCUUUCGAGGUCCAGAUAUUUUGAUGGAGUUCUCGUAGUAUCAUAUUUCGGAACGCACAUUGAUUGGAAUUCUGAGUUCCUUACUUGGUUCCGAGUUUUCCUUACUUUCGCGAAUAGGCAACUUUCAUCAACCAGCAUUUUGUUGUGAACAGUGUUAUAGCAUUCGAGCUUCGUUCGAUCUCAGGUUUCCUGUCUUGAACAAAAUGAUGGAAUCCAUAUUAUUUAUGCGAGUUAGACUGGACAUUUAAUUCAUUGCAUGAAGAUCAGAGAGUCUGAAAGACAAUCUGAAAGACCUACUGUCUGUAAACAGGAAAGGAUUGUGAUUGAGAAUAUAUGGGAAGAUAGAGCAGAGCCCAAUGAUGGCGUGGGGCUGCAGAUGACCCUCUUAUUCUUCUCUAGCCGUGCCUACAGGCUUCGACUCUCCAACUUCUCCAUUUCUCAGUUUUACAGCCUUGCAGAUUCAGUAUCACGCGCUCGGCCUUUUUGUGAUAGAGAGAUAAUACGAAACUCGGAGGCUUGGCUAGUGAAGGUUGUUUGCACUCUCUUUUCUCGAUCGCAUUCCCUCAAUGCUUGUUUUGGUUAUCUAAGUAGAAACUUGAACCCUUCAAUCGCUUUUGAGGUUAUUAAGCGGUUUAGAGAUCCCUUAUUGGGUUUGAAGUUUUUUGAGUUUAGUAGAAUACACCUGAGCAUUAACCAUACCUUUAAUACCUAUGAUUUGCUCAUGAGGAAUCUCUGUAAAGUGGGUCUCAAUGAUUCUGCAAAAAUUGUGUUUGAUUGCAUGAGGAGUGAUGGGAUUUUGCCGGAUAGUUCCAUUUUAGAACUCUUGGUGUCUUCAUACGCUCGAAUGGGAAAGUUUGAUUCUGCCAAAAAUUUUCUUAAUGAGGUUCACUGUUAUGGUAUUAAAGUUAGUCCUUUUGUGUACAAUAACUUGUUGAAUAUGUUGGUCAAGCAGAACCUAGUAGAUGAAGCUGUCUCACUAUUCAGGGAGCACUUGGAACCAUAUUUUGUUCCAGAUGUUUACAGCUUCAAUAUAUUAAUUAGAGGAUUGUGCAGAAUAGGAGAAAUUGAUAAGGCCUUUGAGUUUUUCCAGAAUAUGGGAAAUUUUGGUUGCUUUCCUGAUAUUGUUUCGUAUAAUACGCUUAUAAAUGGGUUUUGUAGGGUCAAUGAGAUUAGUAAAGGGCAUGAUUUGCUAAAAGAAGUUAUGUUAAUAAAAGGGGUUUCCCCGGAUGUUAUAACCUAUACAUCAAUUAUAUCAGGCUAUUGCAAAUUGGGUGAUAUGAAGGCAGCUUCUGAGCUUUUUGACGAGAUGGUUAGUUCUGGAAUCAAACCCAACAACUUCACUUUCAAUGUCCUCAUUGAUGGUUUUGGCAAGGUUGGAAACAUGAGAUCUGCUAUGGUCAUGUACGAGAAAAUGCUUCUUCUUGGCUGUCCACCAGACGUGGUUACAGUCACUUCCCUGAUUGAUGGCUAUUGCCGGGAAGGUGAAGUGAAUCAAGGUUUGAAGCUCUGGGAGGAGAUGAAACUAAGAAAUCUGUCACCAAAUGUGUAUACCUAUGCUGUUCUCAUCAAUGCUCUUUGUAAGGAAAAUAGAAUACAGGAGGCGAGAAAUUUUUUGAGGCACUUGAAAUCGAGUGAGGUUGUUCCCAAACCAUUUAUUUAUAAUCCCGUGAUUGAUAGAUUUUGCAAGGCUGGACAGGUGGAUGAGGCAAACUUCAUAGUGGCUGAGAUGCAGGAGAAGAAAUGCAGGCCUGAUAAAAUAACAUUUACCAUUCUUAUUAUUGGCAACUGUAUGAAAGGGAGGAUGGUGGAGGCAAUUAGCACUUUUUAUAAGAUGAUUGAGAUCAACUGUAUUCCAGAUGAAAUUACUAUUAAUUCUUUGAUAUCUUGCCUUCUGAAGGCUGGAAUGCCUAAUGAAGCCUCUCAAAUCAAACAAGCUGCUUUACAGAAGCUCAACUUGGGCUCGUUAUCGUUAGGGAGCCUGCUUACAAGAAAAUCUUCAAGUGUGCCAGUUGCUGUUUGGUGAGGUCUAUUGUGUAGUGGACUAAGAAUUUUCGGCCUGCAACUAUUGGGAAGUGUUCUCCUGUUCUGUGCCAGAUCACAAAAUAAGCAAGUGAAGUAUGAGACAAGUUGACUACUAAUAGACGGUUAGGACAUUUACACUGACUCUAGUUUCUCAAGGCCGUAUAGUUUCUGUGAUAGUAGUACUACCCAUUGGCCAUGUUCAACUUCUAUGCUGUUGUGAGGCCAGUACUAGUCCGAGUUCUCGCGCAAAGGGUUUAAAGCUCGCUGUCUGAAUCCCAGCGACAAUGAUUACCAUACUAUUUCAUGCUUGUCAUAGGCAAAACCUUUGGAGUUCUGAUUGAAAACCAAUCAAAGAGAGAGGUGUGCUGAAGCUGAUCUGGAUACGCUAGUGAGGGGAAGACCAUUAGGCCAUAUUCUUCGUGCAAUUGAUGGCACUUGUUCUCACGGGUUAUUAUGGUUACCAUUGGCGGUGAUUCAGUGAAGAAAUGCAGAUGAGCUUAGAUCAAACGAUUAGUUUUGGUCAUGUACAAGCCUUUUUAAAUUAACAUAAAAUCCAUGUAAGGAUUAUCAUAUUUCUUGAGUUGACUUGAUUCAGCUCGAGUGGAAUACCCUGCUGUUAUGUAAACUUUGAUUAUAGCAUAACAAUUAUAUGGUCGCGUCUGGUGCAGUACUUAUGGUGGCAUCGUUUGCAUGAAAAA